AUGAACAGAGUAAUCAUCUCUUCUGGCAACGAACAUGAUUCCAUAAUCAAUCAAGACACGAACGAUUGGUGCAAUGAUGCUGUUGUUAAUACCCUUAAACCUGCUUUCUGGGGUUUCCAUUCUUUACUUUACUCAUCUAUUUGGGGGCCCCUUUUCGCGAUUUGGAGUUCAAGAACAUCUCUAAUAGGGUACGAUUCGACGAUCUUUCUUCAAAUCUCCAUCUGGGUUCAUCGAUUUCUUCAAAUUUCUCAUCUGGAAGGUCUAUUGCACGCAUCAUUCUGCUAG